AUGGCAGACUCGAUCGCCUCCUCCAUGGAGCGAUUAAGCUUGAGUGCCAAGAAUGUCAGCCCCGCAGCUUUCGAAGCUCGCCUGGCAGAUGAGCAGAACGGCACGGUCGAGAGCGUUCAACCUCGCAAACAAGCUCACCAGACCUCAGAGGAGUUGCUGGCUGAGCUUGAAAACGAAUUUCUGACUCCAUCGGAUAAGUUCAAUACCAAAUGGCUGAACAGUCUCCAGAAACGAUGGGAUGUCUCGACAGACCAUACAGAUCUUUUCGAACUUGCUCCCACCCAAUCUCGAACCGUCACUCGAUUUACACGCGAAGGAUUAGAGGGUAGGGUCACCGGUUACCAUGAAGUCACUAUUCCUGCUGCCAGUGCUGCCACCGCUAAGAACUCUACGUCACUUACUCGCCGACCUGCUGGUCGGGCUGACUUCGUUCGAGGAGCAGCCGGCUUCUUCCCCUUCGCCCCCGGUGGCUUGGAGGGCGUUGAGGCUAUUGCUGCAAUGGAAGACGAAUCUGAAGUCGCAGAGCAUUCUCGUGGUGGAAAACAGUCAGGACUUGACCGGAUUAUCAACUUUGGCACGGAGGGUGGUCUCUUGACAACGGCCCCUGGCUUUGAUCGCGGCCUCAAAUUCGAUGAGACCAAGUUGAAAGACGUUGAAGGUGACCAAGAAGUCGAGAAUGCGCUUCUCCAAGAAGAAGGCAAUCUCUCUGCCGACAAGCCCGACGAAACUCCCGACAUUGAAGCUUCCAAUGCUGAAAUUGACGAGGAUGUCUCCGACAAUGACGAGGAAGAAGACAUUGAUGCUUUGCUGCCAGUCGAGUUCCCUGCACUGGAGCCGCGGAACCAGUUGCUCGCAGGGGUUAAGAAAGACAAGGGCAGAGAAUGGGCUCACAUUGUCGACGUCAAUAAAGAAAUCCCGAACUUCAAUGAACUUGUUCCUGACAUGGCCAGAGAAUGGCCAUUCGAGCUGGACACUUUCCAAAAAGAGGCCGUUUACCACCUUGAGGGCGGUGAUUCAGUGUUUGUUGCUGCUCACACUUCAGCCGGAAAAACAGUUGUGGCCGAGUAUGCCAUUGCUUUGGCCUCCAAGCACAUGACGAAGGCUAUUUACACGUCUCCCAUCAAAGCAUUGAGCAACCAGAAGUACCGUGACUUUAGAACUGAAUUUGAUGAUGUUGGUAUUUUGACCGGUGAUGUUCAAAUCAAUCCCGAAGCCAGCUGUCUCAUCAUGACCACUGAGAUCUUGCGAAGUAUGUUGUAUCGAGGUGCUGAUCUUAUCCGUGACGUUGAGUUCGUCAUUUUCGAUGAGGUUCACUACGUAAAUGACACCGAGCGUGGUGUGGUCUGGGAAGAGGUCAUCAUCAUGCUUCCGGAGCAUGUCACCCUGAUUCUUCUGUCCGCGACUGUGCCCAACACCUAUGAGUUUGCCUCCUGGGUGGGCCGCACAAAGAAGAAGGACAUCUACGUCAUUUCCACUCACAAGCGACCUGUUCCACUGGAGCACUAUCUCUGGGCUGGAAAGGACAAGUACAAGAUCGUUGACUCCAACAAGAGAUUCCUCGAAAGUGGCUGGAAGAAAGCAAACGAUAUCAUAUCUGGCAAAGACAAGAUCUAUGCCAAGAAGGAGGCUGAGGCUCAGGCCCAAUCAGCCCAGGCUCAGGCUCAAAAUCAGGCCCAGCGUGGUGGUAGUCAAGGCAGGGGACGAGGCCAGCAAGGUGGCAGAGGUGGCCCACCUCCACGCGGUGGGCGGGGUGGAGGUGCUCCCCAGCGAGGUCGAGGGCAAGCUGGCGGCGGAAGAGGACAGCCUACCAACCGCGGUACCGGAAACAUUGCUCGAACCGGUCGUGGUGGUGGACGAACAAGUGCGGCGCAAGACAAGAACAUUUGGGUACACCUUGUCUCUCAUCUCCGCAAGGAAGAUCUGUUGCCAGGAUGUGUUUUCGUAUUCUCGAAGAAGCGAUGCGAGGAGAACGCCGAUUCGCUAUCAAAUCAAGACUUUUGUAACGCUACUGAGAAGAGUCUUAUUCACAUGUUCAUUGAGAAGUCUCUCACCCGUUUGAAGCCGGAGGACCGUGAUCUUCCCCAGAUUCUUCGUCUUCGUGAGUUGCUCAGCAGAGGUGUUGCCGUUCACCACGGUGGUCUCUUGCCCAUCAUGAAGGAAGUUGUUGAGAUCCUCUUUGCCAAGUCACUCGUGAAGAUCUUGUUCGCCACGGAAACCUUUGCAAUGGGUCUGAACCUACCCACUCGUACCGUUGUGUUCUCUGGAUUCCGAAAGCACGAUGGCAAGGGCUUCCGUGACCUCCUCCCCGGUGAAUAUACCCAGAUGGCCGGUCGUGCAGGUCGCCGUGGUCUUGACACAGUGGGCUAUGUGAUCGUCACAAACAGCGGGAAAGAUGAAGCACCACCCGCUGGUGCGCUGAAGAAGAUGAUUCUCGGCGAGCCCACCAAGUUGAGGUCGCAGUUCCGUCUCACGUACAACAUGAUUUUGAACCUGUUGCGUGUGGAAGCACUUAAGAUUGAAGAGAUGAUCAAGCGCAGCUUCAGUGAGAAUGCCACACAGGCUCUCUUGCCGGAGCACGAGAAGCAAGUGCAACUGUCUGAGGACAGUCUUGCGAAGAUCAAGCGGGAGCCUUGUGAGAUCUGCGACUUGGAUCUGGUAGCUUGUCACGAUGCAGCAAUGGAGUAUCAGAAACUUACAGCUGAACUGCAUGCCGCAAUGGCAUCAUCCCCGGUUGCGAAGCGUCUCAUCGGAAUGAAGACGUGGGUUGUUUACAAGAAGGAUGGACUCCGUACUGCUGGUCUUGUCCUUCGUGAAGGAAUCGCCGGCGGAGUUGGAGGAGCCGCCCCUUGUAUCCACGUCCUUGAGGUCGGAACCAUGAGCAGCAAACGCCAUCCAGCCGAUAUCCUACCUUUCCUUCCCAUGUUCCGUCCAUUCUUCCCACCACUGCCUACUUCUGCUGCUCAGAUGAGCUUGAAAGUAUGUAAAAUUCCUCUCGCUGAUGUCGAGUGCAUCACCAACACUGUAAUUCGGAGUGGAGGACCCGUUUGGUAUCUUAACAUCAAGAAAGAGGCUGCCAAAUAUGCCGACAGAGAAUUGCACAAAUACACCAAGUCAUGGACCAGCUCUGUUUGGGACGAAAUGGACUGGCAGCGCAUCACAGAGCUGCAAUUGCGUGAGCUCCUGAACAAGCGACAGGCUCAAGCAGAAAUCGUUCAGUCAUGCCGUUGCCUCCAGUGCCCUCAAUUCUUGAAACACUUCGAAAUGCAACAUGACGAAUGGCAAGUCAAGGAGAACAUCACGCAGCUGAAGCAGCUGAUGUCAGACCAAAACCUCCAACUGCUCCCCGACUACGAACAGCGCAUCCAAGUCCUGAAGGAACUCGGCUUCGUCGACGACCAGUCCCGCGUGCAGCUAAAGGGCAAGGUAGCCUGCGAGGUCCAUUCCGCCGACGAACUAGUCCUGACAGAGCUGGUCCUCGAAAACGUCCUUGCAGAAUACGAACCCGAGGAAAUCGUCGCCCUCCUCUCUGCAUUCGUCUUCCAGGAGAAGACAGACAGCAAGCCUACACUCACCCCCCGCUUGGACAAGGGAAUGAAAGAGAUCAUCGCCAUCGCCGAGAAAGUGAAUGACUUCCAGAUCCUACACCAAGUCAUCCAGUCCACAGAGGACUCCAAUGAUUUCGCCAGCAAGCCCCGCUUCGGCUUAGCUGAGGUUGUCUAUGAAUGGGCCAAGGGCAUGUCGUUCAAUCGUAUUACUGAUCUGACUGAUGUCAUGGAGGGAACUAUUGUUCGCUGCAUUACCCGUCUUGAUGAGACAUGUCGCGAAGUCAAGAAUGCGGCUAAGUUGGUUGGUGAUCCUAAUCUUUACACUAAGAUGCAGCAGGCACAGGAGUUGAUAAAGCGUGAUGUUAUUUUCGCUGCUUCGCUCUACAUGUGA